UUAUCUUCAUGUGCCAUUACGUAUUACCCUUUCCAUUUUUCCUUACCAAUCAUCUUUCACAUUCUCUUAUAACCAUGUAAAAGUGCUACAAUUUAAAAAUUCAUCAUAAAAUUAAUCAAUAAAAUCAAUCUAAAUAAAAUUGCAAAUAAUUUUUUUUACUUUUCGAUAUCAGUAGAAUAUUCAUAAAUAUAUAAAUAAUUAUUGAUUAAAUUUUAACUAUUUCAUUUUUAAAACAAGAUUCGUUAAUUAUUUUAAAAUAUUUUAAAAUUUUAUCAUAUAUAUAUAUAUAAGUAUAUAUAAUGCUAAUGCAAAAAUUAUUUUAUAUGAUUAUUAACUAGAUUCUUAUAUAUAUAAUAUUUAUUUAUAAUAUUAUUAUAAUAUUUAUUAUUUAUAUAUAUUUCAUAUAAUAUAACUUCGUAUCACAAUUUUAUAAUUCUAAGUAAGAAAUUAAAGUAAAAUAAAUUAAAUUAAAAAGAAAAUUAAAAAAAUUAAAAAAUAAAAAAAAUUAUUUUUAGGAAAUUAUAUAUAAAAUAUGAAAUGAAACAUAUAUAUAUAUAUCGCUUGACAUGAUCAAGAAGAAAAAGACCGGAAAACAUAAAACAUGGCGAUUGAAUUCAACUUCGUUGACAAGUUAAAGAAGGAAUGGUAUAAAAGUGGGGGAAAAUAGAAUAGUGGGUAGGGGAAUAGCGGGUCGCUGGCUUAUACAUGAGUUAGUUGGUAUUCAGUAGUGAGGCCUCCGUGAGGGCCGUAGUGAUCCAACAACAGGUGUUUCAGAUUUGACACUGCGAUUCCGGUUUCCUUCAUUUCUAGUAGUGUUCACAUUAGUAUUUUUUUUAUUGUAGAAUAUAUUCCAAAUUAAUAAAGCUCGUGGUAUACCGCGAAGAAAACGUAAUUGUAAAUAAUCGUAAUGAUGUCGGAGACCGUUGUGACGAUGGACGGUUCCAGCAACAAUCCCAGCAACAAUCCUCGACAGGUGCCUACCGUGAAGACAGAACCGGUUCAACCUAGCCCUCUAGCAGACAUUAAAUUGAACGUGCCCUACUUCAUGACGAUACCCGGUAUUAUUAAACUUGUACAAGUGAUUCUUGGUAUAAUAUGCAUGAUAUGCGCAUCACCGGCUUAUACCCCCGCAACCCAUUGGUUUCUAUUCGUCAUCGUAACAUCUUUCAUCGCCACCCUGUUAUGGUGUUUCAUUUAUUUGCUGUCGAUUCGGGAGGCGCUUAAGUUACCUAUCAAUUGGAUUUUAACGGAAAUGUUGAAUACAUCGAUAUUCACCGUACUUUACAUGAUUGCUUUCAUCGCACAGUUAUCUGCCUGGAGCGCGUUAAAUCAUGUAUAUACAUCGAGAAAUAUUGCUGCAGGGAUCUUUGCAAUCUUUAACACAUUGGCGUACUCUGCUGGGACUUACUUCCUCUACGUGGAAUGGAGAAGCAGCAGUAACACGCAUUGAAGGGAAACAUAGGUACUCGAAACAAUAUCAGGUACCUGAGGAGCACCUACGACAAAGCUACUACAUUCGGGUUGUCGCAAUCGUUCGUUCAACGACCGAUGACGGCCGUAAGGUUGUAAAAAGAUCAAUGGGUCGAAGCUAGUCUAACCAGGCCCCAACUUGAUCGCGUGUGGUAGCUUAACAAGAAACUCUUAUGUGUACGUGCCUUAAAAAAAUUAGUUGACGAAUUGGUGGGUCGCGCCACCAAUUUGUGAUCAUAGUUUUCUGGGAUUAUUCUCUUAUACCCGGAUAAAGAGGAAUGAAGUUCUGGACGGGUUGCGUCAGAGAUAUCGACGAUUUCUUAAGUUUUUUGUUUUCACGAGUUUCGUCGAUUCUCUUCGCUACGUGAUUCAAUCUUUCACCGUGCAAACAGAUGUGCUAAGAAGGGAAAAAUAUUAUCUUUUUAAAAAGCAAAUCGUGCUUUAAGAUCGAUAAAAUCCAUAUUGGAUUGUCGAUAUUUUCAAAUUCUAUGCAAUUAACUAUAUACGUUUCAAUCGUUAAUGUACGUACCUUAUUGAGGCACUUUCCCGUCAAGUUUUCCUUUUUCACUGUACCUUUCUCACAUUAUCGCGACUUUUUAUUUAUAUGUAUACACGCAUUAUAUAUAUAUAUAUAUAUAUUUACAUAUACAUAUAUGUUUUAUAUAAAAUAAUAUAUUUGCACAAAUUGAAUUCAGUACAUCGUUUUCUCUUUUCUUUUCUUUUCUUUUCUUUUUUUUUUUAUUUUCUUUUAAUCAUAUAGAAUAUCUAUAACGUAUAAUUUGUAUCAUUGAUCUUAAGAAAAAUUCAAUACUAUACUAUAGAAAUGAAUGAAUGUUUUCGAAUACAUUGUACCUUUUCUGUACACACGUUAUUUUUGAAAUAUAUGUUCGUUUUCGA